GAAGUCCAAAAGCAUUCUGUGCACACACUUGUGUUCAGAUCUUUGAAAAGAACCCAUGAUAUGUUUGUAGCUGAUAAUGCCAAGCCCAUCCCAUUAGAUGAAGACAGUCACAAAGUAAAGAUGGCAGUCAAGCUGCGUACAGAGUACGGCUCAGUGUUACACAUGCCUACUCUUAAAGAAAACUUGAGAGAGAAAGGAGGCCCAAACACUGGGGAUCCUUAUGGACACAAACAGUAUUCUGGAAAUCAAGGACAAGAACUUGAGUAUUUGAUCACUGGUACGCAUCCAUACCCACCUGGUCCUGGUGUGGCUCUGACAGCAGAUACUAAGGUCCAGAGGAUGCCUAGUGAAUCUGCAGCACAGUCCUUAGCUGUAGCACUUCCUGCUUCUCAGUCCAGGCUGGAUUCAAAUCGGACAGCUGCUGGAGUGGGUGAUAUUUACAGGCAUGCUGGAAUAUCUGAGCGUUCGCAGCCUCCUGGGAUGUCUGUGGCCAUGGUGGAAGCUGGUGGAAACAAAAAUUCAGCACUAAUGCCAAAGAAGGCUCCAACCAUGCCCAAACCUCAGUGGCAUCCACCUUGGAAACUGUACAGAGUUAUCAGUGGUCACCUGGGGUGGGUGAGAUGUAUUGCAGUGGAACCAGGAAAUCAGUGGUUUGUUACUGGCUCUGCUGACAGAACUAUAAAGAUUUGGGACCUUGCUAGUGGCAAAUUGAAAUUGUCUUUGACGGGACACAUCAGUACUGUACGAGGCGUGAUAGUAAGUGCAAGAAGUCCAUACCUUUUUUCUUGUGGAGAAGACAAACAAGUGAAAUGCUGGGAUCUUGAAUACAAUAAGGUUAUCAGACAUUACCAUGGUCAUCUAAGUGCUGUCUAUGGUUUAGACUUGCAUCCAACAAUAGAUGUACUUGUAACAUGUAGCAGAGAUUCAACAGCACGAAUUUGGGAUGUGAGAACAAAAGCCAGUGUGCACACACUAUCGGGACACACAAAUGCAGUAGCAACAGUGAAGUGCCAAGCUGCAGAACCACAAAUUAUAACAGGCAGUCAUGAUACUACCAUACGGCUCUGGGAUUUAGUGGCAGGAAAAACUCGUGUUACCUUAACAAAUCACAAGAAAUCUGUAAGAGCAGUAGUGCUACAUCCAAGACAUUACACAUUUGCAUCUGGUUCUCCAGAUAAUAUUAAACAGUGGAAAUUCCCAGAUGGAAAUUUCAUUCAGAACCUCUCUGGUCACAAUGCUAUUAUCAACACACUGGCUGUAAAUUCUGAUGGUGUUCUGGUCUCAGGAGCUGAUAAUGGUACUAUGCAUCUUUGGGACUGGAGAACUGGAUACAACUUCCAGAGAGUACAUGCAGCUGUACAGCCAGGCUCUUUGGACAGUGAAUCAGGAAUAUUUGCUUGUGUUUUUGAUCAGUCAGAAAGCAGAUUGCUAACUGCUGAAGCUGAUAAAACCAUAAAAGUAUACAAAGAAGAUGAUACUGCGACUGAAGAAACUCAUCCUGUCAGCUGGAAACCAGAAAUUAUCAAGAGAAAGCGAUUUUAGUGUGGCAACAUACUUAUGCUGUAGUUUUGUUUUGGCUUUCCUGAAACCAUUCAGUCACAUUUUGUUCUGCCUAGAACAGCAGAGCAGGAAGUCAGCGAAGUCAUUGCUAUUUCAACAUGUUUUAUAAUAAAUUUUAUUUCUCUUUCCUUUUGUCUUUUUUUGAUGUGAUCCCAGCAAACCAGUUGCAGCUGUUAACUUUCUCGGUGGAGCAUGUAUAGUUCAUGAAAAGGAUAGAUGUGCAGGUGGUCACUUUUUUAUAUGAAUCUGUUGAGUGUAAGUCUAAAAAUAUUCUGAUGAGCCAGGUUUUCUGAAAGUCCCUUGCUUGACUCCAAAAGUUAAUUGCCAUUUUAUGCCUAGAAGCCAUCUAC